GGGAUCGUUUCGGGUCCCGGGAUCAUUUUGGGUGCUUUUGGGGAUCGUUUCGGGUCCUGUACAGGGUCCUGGAACUGGACUAGAUGUUAUGAGGGAGGUGUGAGAAAUUGGACUACCAUACCUGUGGUCGGUCAUAGUCACGCAAUAACAAGAUGGCGGACGAUAGUGCGAAAAACCUCCCUCCUUUAGCUGAGUGCAAAGCGCGAAUUUUCCAGUAUAAGGAGUCUGAAUUCAACAAGGGACAUAGCACACGUACGGUUUACCCAAGAAACUUCUCGAUCGCUGCGGUAUUGAUCCUCUUGGUCUUCAAAAACAAUAAAUUCUAUCUACGAUUAACUCGAAGAUCUGAGAAUUUGAGAUCUCAUAAGGGACAAGUUGUUUUUCCCGGAGGCAAAAAUGAUGAUUCCGACCAAGACAUAGUGGAAACUGCUCUCAGGGAGGCACAAGAAGAGAUUGGUCUACCAAAAGAGAGUGUAGAAAUAAUCACUGUUCUUUCUCCUAGCUGGAUACGAAGGAAUAAAGUUUAUCCGGUCUUAGGAUUCCUGAAGCAUGGAUUUCACGUUAAAAUGAACAAGUUUGAAGUCGAUGCCGUUUUUGAUGCGCCAUUGGAAUUCUUCCUAUCCAAAGAACAUCAUUUUCCUAGCUCAUUUGAUACGGGAAUGGGGCCUUUUAAUUAUCAUGCAUUUUCCUACCAAGCGAUGAGCUCUGAUGUUUUGAGUGGCUCAGAAACCAGUUUUAUAAUCUUUGGUUUCACUGCCGGAUUCUGCGUGACUAUUGCUAUCAUAGUAAUGAAUAGAUUGCCUCCCUUUCAGCUGCACGAUAUUCCUAAGGACUAUAACCUUCAAGCAUACAUGAACUGGCUUUCUAAGGCUUCUGAAUACUGUACUAGCAAACUAUAAUUUUUUUUCCAUUAAACCUAAUACAAUACAGUUUCCAAGGAUCUCCAAAUCAUUCAUAAUAUUUCAUGUAAAGUAUGCACCAUUUUUCUCUAUAUAUUUCAGGCCGGUAGCCGACAAUGGGCUGAUUAGAUAAAAAUAAACAAAUGGAGAAAAUGAAUGAGUAAUAAAUAGUACAUGGUAACAACAAGGUAA